CUCACGAUGUCUCUCGCUCUCUCUCUUUGCUUGGCUUUCCUUCUUUCCCUUUGCCAUGGUUCUCAUAGCUUACCUGCACAACGGACUCCUCAUCUUGAUGGGCUUCUCCCAAAUGGAAACUUUGAGCAAGUUCCUAACAAAUCAAACAUGAGAAAGAGGCAGAUAAUCGGCAAAUACUCUCUUCCUCAUUGGGAAAUCUCCGGCCACGUGGAGUUAGUCUCCGGCGGUCCACAGCCCGGCGGUUUCUACUUUGCGGUCCCACGUGGGGUCCACGCGGCCAGGCUGGGAAACCUAGCUUCGAUAUCUCAGUACGUGAGAGUGAAGCGUGGCUUGGUCUAUUCUCUAACGUUCGGGGUCACGAGGACUUGUGCUCAGGACGAGAACAUACGAAUCUCCGUGCCCGGUCAGACCAAUGAGCUUCCCAUCCAGACCGUCUUUAGCUCAGACGGUGGAGACACGUAUGCUUGGGCUUUCAAGGCAUCGUCUGAUCUGGUUAAGGUCACUUUUCACAAUCCUGGUGUUCAAGAGGACCCUUCUUGUGGUCCCCUCCUUGACGCUGUUGCCAUCAAGGAGAUUCUCCCCCUCCGGUUUAACAAAGGAAAUCUUGUGAAAAAUGGCGGAUUCGAGAUCGGUCCACAUGUAUUCAACAACUUUUCUACCGGAAUCUUAAUUCCGGCGAAGAUACAAGACUUAAUCUCACCACUUCCGGGAUGGAUCGUGGAAUCUCUAAAACCGGUCAAAUACAUCGAUAACCGUCACUUUAAGGUUCCUUCAGGACUUGCCGCAAUAGAGAUCGUCGCCGGAAGAGAAAGCGCCAUCGCUCAGAUAAUCCGUACUGUCGCUGGUAGAAACUACAUUCUCUCGUUCGCUGUGGGAGACGCACACAACGGUUGCCACGGGUCUAUGAUGGUGGAGGCGUUUGCGGGAAAAGAGGCGUUUAAGCUUCGAUUUGAAUCAGCUGGAAAAGGAGCGUUCAAAGCGGGACGUUUCAGGUUUCGCGCCGAUUCGAACCGCACGAGGAUUACUUUCUACAGUGGGUUUUAUCAUACCAAGCUUCAUGACUUUGGACACCUUUGUGGGCCUGUGCUUGACAAUGUUAGGGUUGUCCUGACCCGUUAA